GAUUUGCUGGUGUCGCUGAAACGCGGUUUGUCCCUCUGUACUCGCCGUGAGCAGCUGAUAUGCAGGUCAAAGGUCAGUCCAGUGCCGCAGACAAGAUGGAUGUCAGCCAAGCAAAACAAGAGCAUCUGCUCGCAUUAAAAGUGAUGCGGCUGACCAAACCCACACUGUUUACAAACAUGCCAGUGACGUGUGAGGACCGAGAUCUUCCAGGUGAUUUGUUCAUAAGACUCAUGAAAGACGAUCCAUCGACCGUAAAGGGGGCAGAGACACUAAUCCUUGGGGAAAUGCUCACGCUGCCACAGAAUUUUGGAAAUAUUUUCCUUGGCGAGACCUUCUCCAGUUACAUCAGCGUGCACAACGACAGCAAUCAAGUGGUCAAAGAUAUUCUUGUGAAGGCGGACCUGCAGACGAGCUCCCAGAGGUUAAAUCUAUCUGCUUCAAACUCUGCCGUUUCAGAGCUCAAGCCCGAGUGCUGCAUCGAUGAUGUCAUCCAUCACGAGGUCAAGGAGAUCGGGACACACAUCUUGGUCUGUGCCGUCAGUUACACCACUCAGACGGGAGAGAAGCUGUACUUUAGAAAGUUCUUCAAGUUUCAGGUUCUCAAGCCUCUAGAUGUAAAAACCAAAUUCUACAAUGCUGAGAGUGACCUCAGUUCAGUGACGGAUGAGGUGUUUCUAGAAGCACAGAUCCAGAACAUCACUACAUCCCCAAUGUUCAUGGAGAAAGUCUCUCUGGAGCCUUCCAUGAUGUACAACGUCACUGAGCUCAACAAUGUGUCUGCUGGCAUUGAGAGCGAGUCAACGUUUGGGAGGAUGUCGUAUCUGCAGCCGCUGGACACGAGGCAGUAUUUGUACUGUCUGAAGCCCAAGCCAGAGUUUGCAGAGAAGGCCGGGGUCAUCAAGGGAGUGACGGUGAUCGGCAAACUAGACAUUGUGUGGAAAACCAACCUUGGGGAGAGAGGACGUCUACAGACCAGCCAGCUCCAGAGAAUGGCUCCUGGUUAUGGUGACGUCAGGCUUUCUCUGGAGUUGAUCCCAGACACGGUCAGUCUAGAGGAGCCCUUCGACAUCACCUGUAAAAUCACAAACUGCAGUGAGAGGACCAUGGAUCUGGUGCUGGAGAUGUGUAACACUCGCUCCGUUCACUGGUGUGGGGUGUCAGGCAGACAGCUGGGGAAACUCAGCCCCAGCGCAUCCCUCUCCAUCCCUCUCAAACUACUGUCCUCCGUCCAGGGUUUACAGAGCAUAUCAGGACUGAGGCUAACGGACACUUUCCUGAAGAGGACGUAUGAAUAUGAUGACAUCGCACAGGUCUGUGUGGUGUGUCCGUACACCAGUCCAGAGAGCUGAAAAAACCCCUGUGGCAUUUUGCACUGUCUGUGUCAAUGGACCAACUCCCAUCUCUUCUGCAUCUAUUCAUAGAACACCUUUACCUUUAAGCUUGUUGUUUUAAAAUCUCAUUUUUAAGCCCUUAAUCAUGAUUUUAACUGUCUGUCAAUGUAAAUAAAAUGUAAAUGAAAAAAGUGUGUUAAAACAAUUAUAAAGCCUUCCUGUACAAAA